AUGGCGUCGGCGUGGGAGCAUUUCGGGGAGGUUGCAAAUAUUGUACAGUUGACUGGGCUAAAUGCAGCAGCCCUAGUGUCAUUGAUUGUGAAGGCAGCAAACAGAGCACGGAUGCACAAGCAGAAUUGCCAGCAAUUUGCGCUGCAUGUGAAAAUGAUUGGAAAUUUGCUGGAGCAGCUUAAGAUUUCUGAGCUGAAAAAACACCCAGAAACAAGGGAGCCACUGGAGAUGCUCGAGGAUGCACUGAGGAGAGCUUAUGUGCUUGUCAAUAGUUGUCAAGAAAGAAGCUAUUUGUAUCUGAUUGCAAUGGGUUGGAAUAUCGUGUAUCAAUUCAGGAGAUCCCAAGAAGAGAUUGAUCGGUAUUUGAGGAUAAUUCCCCUCAUUGCACUCCUUGAUAAUGCCAGGGUUAAGGAAAGGCUUGAAGAAAUUCAGAAAGAUCAACGUGAAUACACAUAUGAUGAAGACGACAGAAAAGUGCAAAGUGCUAUUUUGAACCCACAACCUUCUGAAGAUGACACAAUAAUAUUGAAGAAAAGUCUGUCUUGUUCUUAUCCAAAAUUGCCUUUUGAUACGGCACUUCGCAAAGAAAAUGAAAAGCUCAAGGUAGAGCUACAACGAUCACAAGCUCAUUUGGAUGUGGCUCAAUGCGAAGUCAUUCAACGGUUGAUUGAAGUUACAGAAAAUGCAGCCGAUCCCCUAUCAGAGAAUGCUUCACCAGUUAAAAGUUCCCAGAAAUUGGAGUCGGGUAAGGCGAAGAAACCUUUUGAGAAGAACCCUGAAAAGGUUCAUCAUCGAACUAGCUCAAGGAGGGCCACAAUUUCCUCGGGACAUAAACAGGCAUCAACCGUGGAAUCAAAUUUGCAAGAGGAAUGGCAUGCAGAUCUACUCGGCUGUUUCGCUGAACCUUACUUGUGUGUGAAGACCUUCCUUUGUCCUUGUAAUGCAUUUUCUAAAAUCUCAUCAGUUGCAACUGGAAAGCAAAUGUCUUCGGCAGAAGCUUGUAAUGAAAUAAUGGCCUAUUCCCUGAUACUGGCAUGUUGUUGCUAUACUUGCUGUGUCAGAAGAAAGCUCCGCAGGAUAUUUAACAUCAAGGGUGGCCUAUUCGACGAUUUCUUGUCACAUUUCAUGUGUUGCUGCUGUGCACUAGUUCAAGAAUUGCGUGAGGUAGAGAUUCGUGGAGCCUACGGACCACAGAACACGAGAACCUGUGCUCCACCUUGUCAACACAUGGAGUCGUAA